GCAGGAAGCCACAAUGACAUCAGCUGACCUUUUGAACACUCUGGAGGAUUUAAGAGACGAUGAAUUCAAGGACUUCAACUGGUAUCUGCAGCAAACUGACAUCCUGGAAGGCUACCAAACCAUCAAGGUGUUCAAGCUGGAGAAAGCAGAAAGGAGGGACACAGUGGAUCUGAUGGUGAACACCUUCAAACUUCAUGGAGCUCUGAAAGUGACCAAGAAGGUUUUAGAGAAGAUAAACAGGAAUGACCUGGUGCAGAGUCUGCCAGACACCAGCUCUGGACCAGAAGAUGGGAUUGUUCCAGUACCAGAGCCACGACACAUCUCAUAUUACCAACACUUGCUUCAAUCACACCUCCAGGACAAGUUCCUGUGUGCACAAGAAGGGUGGGCACAGAAGAAGGAUGAGCAACGUCUCGAUGAUAUCUACACAGAGCUGUACAUCAGCGGGGGUGAUGUACACGUCAACAACCAGCAUGAGGUCAGGCAGAUUGAGGCAGUGGUGGUGAAGCCAGCAGGAACAGAGAAACCAGUUAAACCUUGUGACAUGUUCAAACACCCCUCUGGAAAAUACAAACCCAUGAGAACAGUGCUGACAAAUGGAAUUGCAGGAAUUGGCAAAACUUUUCUCGUGCAAAAGUUUGUGUUGGACUGGGCUGAAGGAAGAGCCAAUCAAGAUGUGCAUCUAAUUUUCCCCUUCACCUUCCGCCAGCUGAAUUUAAGGAAGGGAGAAAAGUUUUGUUUGGCAGAGCUCAUUCAUGAAUGUAUCACUGAGACCAGAGACAUCAAGGAAGAAGCUCUUAAUCACAUCUUUACAACUCUGCAGUCAUCAGGAAACACCAACUAUGACAAGAGCAAAUUCAAACUUCUCUUUGUUUUUGAUGGACUCGAUGAGAGCCGCCUUCAUCUGGACUGCUCUACCAGUGAAAAUCAGGCUGUUAACUUUGAUGUGACAGCUUCCACCUCAGUGGAUGUGCUGCUGACGAACCUCAUCAAGAAUAAACUGCUUCCCUCUGCUCGCCUCUGGAUAACCACACGACCUGCCGCAGCCAAUCAGAUCCAUUCUGAUUUUGUUGACAUGUUGACAGAGGUCAGAGGGUUCACUGACCCACAGAAGGAGGAGUACUUCAUGAAGAGAUUCGGAGAUUCGGAGCAGGCCAGCAGAAUCAUCUGCCACAUUAAGACAUCACGAAGCCUCCAAAUCAUGUGCCACAUCCCGGUCUUCUGCUGGAUCACUGCUACAGUUCUGGAGGAUGUGUUGAAGACCAGAGAGGAAGGAGAGCUGCCCAAUACACUGACUGAGAUGUACGCAGAGUUCCUGGUGUUUCAGAUUCAUCAGACAAAUGAGAAGUAUGACCAAAAAAAGAGCAUUCAGUGCAUUAAGUCAUUAGCAAAACUGGCUUUUCAGCAACUGAAAAAGGGCAACCUGAUCUUCUACGAGAAUGAUCUCAAAGAGAGUGGCAUUGAUGUCAGUGGAGCCUCGGUGUGCUCAGGAGUGUUCACAGAGAUCUUCAAAGAGGAACGUGGGAGAAGGAAUGACAAGAUGUUUAGCUUUGUCCAUCUGAGUGUUCAGGAGUUUUUGGCAGCUUUCUACGUUGAGAGGGCAGUCGUUAACAAACACAAGAAUGUGAUGUGUGGUGAACAAAUGCGAAUGCCUUUGAGUAAAAUAUCCAUGACUGAGGUCCACAGGUUUGCUAUUGACAAGGCCUUAGAAAGUCCAAAUGGACACCUGGACCUGUUUCUCCGAUUCCUCAUGGGUCUUUCACUGCAGACCAAUCAGACCGUUCUAAGAGGUCUACUGAAAAAGAAAAGAAGCUCAGAGGCCAAUCAGGAAACAGUCGAGUACAUCAAGAGUAAGAUCAGUGAGAAUCUGUCUCCAGAGAGAAGCAUCAAUCUGUUCCACUGUCUGAAUGAACUGAAUGAUCGUUCCUUAGUGGAGGAGAUCCAACAGUACCUGAGUUCAGGAAGUCUCUCCACAGAUAAACUGUCUCCAGCUCAGUGGUCAGCUCUGGUCUUCAUCUCACUGUCGUCAGGAAAUGAUCUGGAUGUGUUUGACCUGAAGAAAUAUUCUUCUUCAGAGGAGGCUCUUCUGAGGCUGCUGCCAGUGGUCAAAGCCUCCAACAAAGCUCUGCUGAGUGGCUGUAAUCUGUCAAAGAGAAGCUGUGAAGCUCUGUCCUCAGUUCUCAACUCCCAGUCCUCUAGUCUGAGAGAGCUGGACCUGAGUAACAACAACCUAAAGGAUUCAGGAGUGAAGCUGCUCUCUGCUGGACUGGAGAGUCCUCACUGUACACUGGAGACUCUCAGAUUGAGUCAAUCCAAGCUCACAAAUAAUUGCUGCCAGGAGCUCUCAUCAGUUCUUAGCUCCCAGUCAUCUAGUCUGAGAGAGUUGGACCUGAGUUACAACGACCUGCAGGAUUCAGGAGUGCAGUUGCUCUCUGCCGGACUGAAGAGUCCACGUUGCAAACUGGAGACUCUCAGGCUGAACUGCUGUACUCUGUCAGAGAGAAUCUGUGGAUCUCUGUCCUCAGUUCUCAGCUCCCAGUCCUCUAGCCUGAGAGAGCUGGACCUGAAUGACAACGACCUGCAAGAUUCAGGAGUGAAGCUGCUCUCUGUUGGACUGGAGAGUCCUCACUGCACACUGGAGACUCUCAGGUUGUCAGGCUGUCUGAUCACAGAGGAAGGCUUUACCUAUCUGGCCAAAGCUCUGAGAUCCAACCCCUCCCACCUGAGAGAGCUGGACCUGAGCUACAACCAUCCAGGAGACUCAGGAGCAAAGCGGCUGUCUGCUGGAUUGGAGGAUCCACACUGGAGACUGGAAACACUCAGAGUGGAAUACGGUGGAGAGCAGAGGCUGAAACCUGAUCUGAGGAAAUAUUCCUGUGAACUUACACUGGACACAAACACAGUAAACAGAAACCUCAAACUAUCUGAAAACAACAGGAAGGUGACAGCAAUGAUGGAGGAGCAGCCGUAUCCUGAUCAUCCAGAGAGGUUCGACUACUGGCCCCAGCUGAUGUGCAGCAAUGGUCUGACCGGUCGCUGGUACUGGGAGGUCGAGUGGAGAGGAAGGGUUCAUAUAUCGGUGACUUACAGAGGAAUCAAGAGGAAAGGACACACAGGUUACUGCAGGUUUGGAGGAAAUGAGUCGUGGAGUCUGUUGUGUUCCGAUGCUGAUGGUUAUUCUGUCUUGCACAACAAGAAAACUACACGUCGUCUCUUCUCCUCCUUCUCCUCCUCCUCCUCAUCCGUCCCUCACAGAGUAGGAGUGUAUGUGGACUGUCCUGCUGGCGCUCUGUCCUUCUACAAAGUCUCCUCCGACACAUUGAUCCACCUUCACACCUUCAACACCUCAUUCACUGAGCCUCUCUAUCCUGGGUUUGGGUUUGGGCUUGGAUUAUUCUCAUUUAGUCCCUCAGUGUCACUGUGCUCUCUGUAAGAGGGGGAGUCUCCUCCUGGGUAGAGAAACGCUCACCCUGCUGACACUCACUCACUUUUUGGAAAUCCUGCUUAAUCAAAAUUACCAAAAAAUAUCUCUGUCUCUAUUUUCUGUCUGUGAUUUUAAAUACAUUUAAAAAAAGAAAAAUGUUUAACCUGAUUUGUGGUUCAACAAUGUUCUCUCACACAAAUAAGUAACAUUAAGUAAGUAACAUUGUUUAUACAUGUAUAUGAUUGUACCAACACUAUAUGCAAGCAUCAGUCUGUUCUACCCUGAGCCUUCCACUUAGCACUUAUUGUAUUGGUAUUAGUUUGUUGCACUUAUUGUAUUCGUAUUAGU